AUUACGCUUGAUUACUACAAUACAGUUAUCUGUUGAUAUGAAUUCGUGCCUCUUUGCAUAAUUUACUUUGCAGCAAUUGGAAAAGUGACCAGAACUGCGGCAUGUUUUGUCAAGAGUUAAUUUAUUUAAACAGUAAAAUGAGCUGAGAGUAGAUCAAGGUUGCUAGUUAGGAAACGCUAAAACCGUUAAUAACUUUUGAUAAAUAAUAAAUCUGUAGUUUACGAGGUAUACUUGAAUGCAACAUGUGGUUAGACUCCUUUAGAUUACACCUGCAAUUAAACUUACAGAGCACCUCCAAGUUUAAUCGCAACUUUAACAAACAAAUAUGUCCAACUAAAAUGAGAUAUUAAUUUAAAAAGUUAAUAGAUGAUUUGAAAGAAAAGCGGGUUAGUAACUUACUAACCCGCUAUAAGCCAGUUAUUAUGAGGAUAAAUGGAGGUAACUUACGGUAGGUGGCAGCACUGAGCUUUUUUGUUGUAAUAAAAAGUUCCUCCAGACAAGAGAAGAAGAAAUAAAAUUUUAAAAAAUGGCUGCGCUCAUCAGAGGCGUGAUACGUCUGUUGCCCGUAGAGAAAAAUGUUUUUCUUUCCACCAGAAGCGACAUUAUAGUGGAGUCAAAGCGCUUUGUUCGGGGCCUGAGGAGGAAACCGGUCAGGGUGCUAUUUCCUGACGAUGACACGGGGAAAGGCGUAAAGCAGCAGCGGCAGCAGCCACAGGCAGCAGAGAAGAAGACGACGGCCAGGGACCGUCCUACAGCUGCCGGAGAACAACCCGACCGGAGCGACGCUGCUAGCCUGAGGAGUAAAGCAGCUAAGCAACCCCAUGCUAACACUACAAACACUACAAAGGAUUCAGUAGACGGACUGCGCUAUGAGAGGGCUUUACCGGGAGAUAAAAGAUUAUCGCGGCUGGUCAGCGUUGCUCAAUCCAGGAAGUUUCGGGAGCAGCAGGGCAAAAUCCUCCUGGAGGGCAGGCGUCUGAUCUGCGACGCCCUGGAGGCCGGCGCCCGCCCUCAGAUUGUGUUCUUCAGCAUGGCGGAUCGGCUCCGAGAGCUGCCGCUGGACAAGCUGAGUGGGGCGACGCUAGUCAAGGUCAAGUUUGAGGACAUCAAGAUCUGGUCCGACGUCGUUGCCCCGCAGGGAGUGAUCGCAAUAUUUGCCCGGCCUGAUCCUGCUCGGCUCAGUUUUUCACAGAGAGAGCUGCCGCUGUCGCUGAUAUGCGACAACGUCCGUGAUCCUGGUAACCUUGGGACCAUGCUGAGAUGUGCAGCUGCUGCUGGCUGUCAUGACGUCCUCCUUACCAAAGGUUGUGUUGACAUUUGGGAGCCCAAAGUGCUGCGUGCAGGAAUGGGCGCCCACUUCCGAGUCCCCGUUUAUCCCAAUCUGGACUGGGACGAGAUCAGAAAUCGUCUCCCUAAAUCAGUGACUGCGCACGUGGCUGACAUGAGAGACGCCGACGACGAAGACGGCACCAACAAGCCGUCCAAACCGGGAGAUUACGGUUGGGUCAGCACGUCACCUAGAAGGAAAACCAUCGAGUGCGAGGAAUACGAUUCAGACUCUGAUUCCGACUCGGAGGACGAGGGUCUUUCCCUCCCCAGAGUGGAAACCAAACUGUACCACGAGAACUGGGCCCAGAAUCCCACCGCUCUGGUGAUAGGCGGAGAGACGCACGGCCUGAGCACAGAGGCGGUGCAGCUAGCUGAGAAAACCGACGGUUCCAGACUCUUUAUUCCCAUCGUCUCAGGCGUGGACAGUCUGAAUUCAGCCAUGGCCGCUAGCAUCCUUCUGUUUGAGGGCAGGAGGCAGCUGUCCAUGCUUCUACAGACCGCUGAGAAGAGACAGUCUAAGGCUGAGAGGACGUUCUCAUGAAUAAGCUGAAUAGAGCGUAAACUGUAUGAGUUCUGUAAUAAACCCAUACAUUUUAAGUGAAGAUCUACUUUCUCCUGUUUUUAAAAAAAAAUAUUGUGUCUUACGUUCCAUUAAGAGUUCACCUUUCCCUGACCUCAGAAUCCUGGAGUCCUUUUGAAAACAAGCAGCUUCUCUCGAGGCUGGUUCAAAGGUCAAACCUUAUCUGCAGCUCUUCAGAAAUUUCUAUGAUAAAGACAAAAUGUGGUUGUUCAAACAACCACAUUUUUUGCUGUGUUGGUAAAAAGAAAGCAUACUCUUAAUUUGAGGGGUUUUUGCAUCAGGACAAAAUGAUUUGGUAUGAACAAGGGUAUUUAUUCUGCAACUGUGAAGCAACCUUCAUCUAGAUGUCUACUACAAGAAUAUGUUGCUUUUUUAGCAACAUAUUGUUAUUUCUUGGCUCUUAGACCUUCUGCAAUGGCUAUUAACUUUAACCAACAAUAAUAAAUUUACUGUUUUUAAAUACAGAGAAAAUGCAGGAGUCAUUGGAAUAAUUUAACUGCAAUGCCAAUAUUGAAUUUGAAACUUAAUACUGUAGCAAUACAUUUUUAGAUCUAAUUUGUGUAAUUAGGUCGGAAACUGGCAUGUCAGCAUUCCAUAAAAGGAAUUGUUUGUAUUUUUUCAAACUAAAAUAAAUACAAUCGUGCUUGGAAAAAAUA